AUGUCGGAACCACCAUCACCUGCUGAACCAAGACGCAAUGAUGGAGAUUCUGACUCUGAAGCGCAACCAUUUGAAGAUGAGUCUGCUGCAUUGUUGGGUGACUAUAGCGAGGUCCAGGAAGAAACCGAAGGCGAAGACCUGUUUCGUGACGACAUGGAGCGCGAUUACCGCUCAAUACCGGAGCUCGAUAUCUAUGAACCAGAAGGCUUAGCAGAUGAUGAUGAUGAUGUUUCCAGCCUGUCUCCCACUGCGCGGGCUGAAGCCGAACGCCAAAUGCGACAGCGCGAUCGCGCAGAACUACUUGCCACAGGGGGGCUGAGACGAGAUAUCGUUGCAGACUUAUAUGGUGAAGAGGAGGAAGAAGAGGUCGUACCUGCAAGACGACGGCGAUUAGCUGAACGCGUGGCCGCUGGGACUGAAGCGGAAUUAUCAGAUUACGCCGAGGCUCUCGAAAGCAUAGAAAAUCUCGAAGAUAUGAAAGGAAUGUCAGUUAGUGAAUGGGUUCAGCAGCCAGCAACACGACAAGAAAUUAAAAAUCGCUUCAAAGUCUUUUUAAGGACCUUUUUGAACGAAAAUGACGUUAAUGUCUACGCUGAGCGCAUUGCUGCGCUCGAAGUUACCCUAGCUCGGUACCCGCGGUACGACCGCAUAACCAGUCAUGUUAACGUCAGAAUAGUCGAUCUCCCAUUAAUUGAGGAUCUAAGAAGUCUUCGGCAUCUUCAUUUGAAUCAACUUGUUCGUACGUGUGGUGUCGUCACGAGUACAACCAGUGUGAUGCCCCAGCUAAGUUUGGUUAAGUACAAUUGUGUCAAAUGCUCUUGCGUCCUGGGGCCGUUUGUUCAGAGCCAAGCUUCUGAAGUCCGACCAUCAACUUGUCCCGACUGCCAGUCAGGUGGACCUUUCGAGAUCAAUGUUGAACAAGUAAAGCUGCGCUAUGGUCAUUACGACUUCCUUAUAGACGGUUUACAAAAAUUACCAGCGCAUAACCAUUCAAGAGAGUCCCGGCAA